CGAGCCACCGCCUCUGGUCCCUGGCCAAGUGGUGACUCUGACACUUUUUUUUUGCCGUCCCUUUCUUAGGUGAGCAGCCCCAGAGGACCCCCGAGAGCUCCAGCGCAGGCGUGGCGACAACGGGAUCCAAUGGUUUGGAAUCUGGCUGACGCAGGUGGCAGUGUAACCAACUCUAUAUACAUAAUCGCAAUUGAAUCCAAAUCACUUUUCAUCUUCCUUUUGCAACAUUGUAUUUUGAUCGUGUAAUCAAUCUUUGGAAUCACCACUGCUCUGAUUGCAUAAAAGGCAUCCGAAACGUCCUCUAAUCACCUUCCCAUUACAACCAGCGCACCACAAACCAGAAACCAGAAACCACCCCUCGCAAUACCGCCCAAAAAUUACGAUUGCCCCCAAACGCAAACCCCACCACAAGCUCCAGCAGCUGCCCCUCCUCGCCCUCGCCUUCGCAAUCCCCAUCGUCUUCUUCCUCUUAACAACCCCCCUUCCACACCACCACCAAACAAUGAUCUCCUCCCUCCUAACCCGCCUAACCCGCCCCUUCACAACAACAACAAGCAUGUCAAUCACGCCCCCCGCCCCCAUCUCCCUCCCGGAGGGCGCCCAAAAAGCCACCAUCGCAGCAGGCUGCUUCUGGGGCGUAGAACACCUCUACCGCAAACACUUCGCCUCCAAAGGGCUAAUCGACGCCCGCGUGGGCUACAUCGGCGGCGACCUCUCCAACCCGACCUACCGCGCCGUCUGCGGCGGCGACACGGGCCACGCCGAGGCCCUGCAGGUCGUCUUCAGGCCCGAAGAAGUGAGCUACCGCCAGCUCCUCGAGUUUUUCUACAAGAUGCACGAUCCCACCACGGCGAACCGCCAGGGUCCCGAUACGGGCCCGCAGUACCGCAGCGCGAUCUUCUACCAUGACGAGGAGCAGGAGAAGGUCGCGAAGGAGGUUACGAGGUUGGCGAAUGAGCAGUGGUAUAAGGGGGCUAUUAAGACGCAGGUUGCGCCGGCGGGACAGUGGUGGGAUGCGGAGGCGUAUCAUCAGCUGUAUUUGGAUAAUAACCCGGGAGGGUAUGAGUGUCCCAGUCACUUUUUGAGGACGUUUCCUCCGCUUGAGGGAUGACUCCUUGACGGCGGCGGAGAAGCGAAGGAGGAUGGAAGGGAUGAUAAGAGGGCGAAGAGGACGAGUAGGAUGUAACGAUAUGGGGUUUCUCUUUCAACUUGAGGGAAUCAUAAUGAUGGAUGGGAUGUGUCAGGUGGCUUUCUCUAUUACGCACGUAGAGGCUCCGAGGCAAU